AGAGUGGGCUCCCCGCCGAGACUAGUCUCCCCGCCCCCCGGCCGAUCAGCGACUUCAAGCUUAAAAGGUGCCGGCCUCACAUGAGCGCGAAUUGCAACAGCUGCAAAGACAUCUCCUUUCACAUUUUCUUUUCUUGGGAAAUAAAACAGGACAACGCGGAGUCAUCCGUUCCUUACUUUCCGUGGUGUGCCUAGUAAGAGUCGCGACCAUGUCUACCUCGCAAACGGAGCUCCAGUACCUCACCCCGCACACUGAGGCCGGAGUCGGGGGCAAGAUCUCGGUCCCGGAACCCUCAAAAGCGGCUGCAGAAUUUCGUACUGUCGGAGGGAGCAGCGGCGACGAGAAUGGCGUCGCCGGCGUGCUCAAUGACUCCCACAGCGCGAGCCAGGAGUUCUCCUCCCUCCCGCCCGUCGAUGGCGGGAAACAGGCCUGGCUCUUCUUGGCCGCCUGCUUCGCCGUCGAGAUGCUCGUCUGGGGAUUCCCCUUUGCCUUUGGUGUCUUUCAGAACUACUACUCUACGAACCCGCCGUUCGCUGGACAGGGCAACAUCGCCGUCAUCGGUACCUGUGCCAUGGGAAUCAUGUACCUAGGUGGGCCCCUCCAAACCGCCCUCCUACGUCUCUACCCGCGCCAAACCCGCUACGCGCCCAUCGUAGGCCUCCUCAUCAUGUGCUUCGCCCUCGCAAUGUCCUCCUUCUCAACUACGGUAACCCACCUCGUCGUCACCCAGGGCAUCUUCUACGCCGUCGGCGGCAGCAUCACCUACAUGCCCUGCAUCCUCUACAUUGACCAGUGGUUCGUCCGCCGCAAGGGCUUCGCCUACGGCAUUAUGUGGUCCGGCACCGGCCUCGCCGGCGUCCUCCUCCCCCUGCUGAUGGAAUACCUCCUCGGCACCCUGGGCUUCCGCACGACCUUGCGGCUGUGGUCCGGUCUGCUCUUCGCCCUCACCGCGCCCCUGGCCUUCUUCAUCAAGCCGCGCGUGCCCAUCACGACGUCAACGGACGCGACGCACGCCCGGCCGUUUAAUAACAUGCGCUUCCUCCUAUCCCGCCCGUUCCUCCUCCACCAGGCCGCAAACACGAUCGAGGCCCUAGGCUUCUUCCUGCCUGGUAUCUACCUCCCUUCUUUCGCCCAAUCCACCCUCGGCGCAUCCCCCUACGCCGCAGCCCUCACGAUUCUCCUCAUCAACGUCGCCUCCGUCGUCGGCUGCGUGGCGAUGGGCACCCUCGUCGACCGCUGGUCGGCGCCCUCGUGCCUGGCGCUCGCCAGCGCCGGCGCCACCGUCGGUACCUUUCUCUUAUGGGGUCUGUCGUCGAACCUGGGCGUACUCUACCUCUUUUGUGUCGUGUACGGCCUCUUUGCGGGCGCGUAUACCUCUGCGUGGCCGGGCAUCAUGAAGACCGUGACGGAGCAUGAGAGGGUCAAGGGUAGGGGCGUCGAUCCGAUCAUGGUGUUUGGCAUGUUGGCUGCCGGGCGCGGGAUUGGGAACGUUAUUUCGGGCCCGUUGAGCGAGACGUUGGUCAAGAGCGCGCCGUGGCGGGGUGAAGCUGAGUUUGGGUAUGGGAGCGGGUAUGGGACGUUGAUUGUGUUCACGGGGGUGACGGCUUUCGUGGGUGGUGCCACGUUUGUGUGGAAGAGGCUCGGGUGGUUGUGAGCUAACAUCACCAGUUUGGAAGAACCAAGCAGUUAGAUAGAGGUAGCAGACAUAACAUUUCUCUUCGGUAGCAAUCACAAAAAUGAACAUGCCACCGGGGGACCAACUCCUGACGCGGAGAUUGAGAGUGAGCAGUCUCAACAAACAUGCCACAAGGUC